GCUCGGUUUACGUGACGGACGCGGAUAACAAGGAGCCGGACGCCAUAAAGGAGACGGUCCAGAUUCUCAUGGGCUGCGCGGACACGAGCAAGGGCAAGGUCAACGGCCUCACCACCCUCGCCGACGGCACCGGGGUGUGCAUCGGCGGCAACGACGGCUGCGGCGAUCAGGACGCCCAGCUAACCCAAAACUCCCCGCCAGUUGCUUCGACGAUGCAGACUUCCAGCCUCCUAGGCGCCGCUCCGUCGAGCCGAUAUUCUCCAACAGCACCAUCGAGAAGCGGCAGUUCGCUGACAUCGCUGGCAGCGUCGCUGAGCUGCUCGACGCCAUCCUCGGACAAGGCGGGAGCGACAACACGAAGCGCGCGAACGGCGUGCGUAACGUCGUCGACGGCAUGGCGAAGAAUUCGACGGCAGGGCACGGACUGGGUGCACCAGCACUUCGAGAUCGAUAUUGAGAUCGGUGGGACUAUCGGGUACGAGCUCUAUCUCGGCAACACUGGUACCUUCAAGCGUAACGGCGACGGUGGUGAUAUCAACUGGGGCUGCAAUUGA